AUGGUAAAAUUCUGUCUCCUAUGAAUUUGGCUGAGUUUUUUUUGGGACUCAGCUUUUGUUAGAAUCUAAAAUACCCUCAAACAUUCCAGCCUCUUCGAUAAUGUUUUGGUUUUGAUAUUUCAAUAGAAUAUAAAAUUGACAUGUUUUCACUUUAGAUUGUGUUUUUUUGCUUAACUUAAACUCAACUGAAAGUUGGGUGACAACCAAACUGUGUUAACUGUCAUGCAUUGCAUGACUACCUUCUGCUUUUGGUUGUGGUGUGGUUUUGGGGUGGGGGGAUGGGGGGGUAGGUGACAGGAAGCAAUCCAUCAUGCCUGCCUUUUAUUCCCCUCUUUGAAUAAUAUCAUUGUAAACCGUGUGAGCAGAUGACGCAGUGUGAGGUUUGACUCGGGGCUCGGCCUGCAGAAUUCACAGGGAACGCGUUUUCUGGUCACCGUGCCUGUGUUUUACAUUUAGAUGGAUCUGAAGUUUGUAUUUUUCAUACUAGCUGUAAAAAGAAAAAUGUCUGCAUACAUUCAAAAUCUGGAAUUGGUAUUUUUAAUAAAGUGAAUAUUAUUUCAUUGAAAGAAAAUCACAUUUUGUUGUUUGAAAACCUAUUUUACGAUAUUGCAAUGUUUGAUCCGGGUAAUGUAACAUUUUGAGUUUAGAAUUUCAUAAAGAGAAGCAACUGAUACAAGUUAGUAUAACAUAAAACACAUUUCAAAUGUUUUUUAUCUUAUUUAUUUGUUCAUAGAGGCUAAGAAAUAACUUGAUUUCAUUAUUAUUACGACGUCGAGUUCUGAUUAUAACAUUUAUAAACAGAGCGUUAUGAAAGUCCACUUGGGUUUCUUUAUUGCGAUGUUGUUGUGGUGCGCAUGCGUAUCAUUGAGCUAGGUUCUCUAUGAGAGUGGGGCUAACAGUUAGCACUAUGUCUUUGCAGUGGCGUUGUGUGGUCACGAGUGCAGGAUAAUUUCGUGUAGCAUCAGUCAAUCGCGUUUCGUUCGCCAUUACAUUCUCCGAGGUCAAAACUCCGUCGAAAGCUCCAGUGACAAGGAGGCUCCAUAAUGGUGAAGAUAUUCAUUGGGAACUUGGCCGCAGACACCACAUCUGACGAACUUCGCUCCCUCUUCUCCCAAUAUGGCAAGAUUGCAGAAUGCUCCAUUGUCAAGAAUUUUGGCUUUGUGCACAUGGAUGACAAAGCGGAGGCCGAAGAGGCUAUCCGCAACCUCCACCAGUACGAGCUCAACGGUCAGCCCCUAAAUGUCGAGUUAAGUCGGGGCAAGUCGAGAGGAUCCACCAAACUACAUGUUGGCAACAUUGCAUGUACCAAUCAAGAGCUGAGGGCCAAGUUUGAAGAGUUUGGCGCGGUUCUGGAGUGUGACAUCGUUAAAAAUUAUGCUUUUGUUCACAUGGAGCGCAUGGAGGAUGCCAUGGAGGCUAUUAAUCAGAUGGACAACACAGCUUUUAAAGGCAAACUGAUGAGCGUGAAGCUUUCGACUAGCCGCCUGCGUACUGCGCCGGGAAUGGGAGACAGAUCGGGUUGUUAUCGUUGCGGGCAGGAAGGCCACUGGUCCAAAGAAUGUCCUCUAGACCAAAAUGGCGCCCACAGAAACGGCUCAGAGCCACAAUCUGAUGGAUUCGAUGCCUCGAGAUUUGACGGGCGUGGUUGCAGCCGGGGUUUUCCGGACUUCGGUGGGGAUCCAGAUUACGGCGCCUACGUACAUGGUUUUUCCCGGGGGGCUGCUCACAGCGGCACCAUGGCGGGUUACAGAGGAGGUGCGGGCUAUGAGGGUGCAAUGAGGUACGCGCCGCACCCCGGUUAUGGCCUAAACGCCGUGGCCGAUCAUAGCAUGCCGCGGAUGUACGGCAGCGAGGCGGCAUACAGGAGCAACGGGGCAGUCUAUGGCGCGGUUCCAGCCUUCUCGGUGCGACGGUCGCCUUACGAGGAGCGGGAUCCGUACGGGGUCGUGGACUACUAUGAGAAGUACAGGGCCAAUUCUUUCGGAGGCAGUUAUUUCGAGGAGCGCCGUGGGGUCCCCGUGCCUGCUCCAUCGACCACCUCCUCCGCAGCUGUAAGGGAGCGUCUGCCCCCCUCGAGCGUCGAUCCAUACGAGUGUCCUCCCCUCCCUCCUCCACCGGCCUCAGGCUCCACGUACUACGCACGCGACCGGAGUCCCAUACGGAGAGUCGCUGGCGAAGCGGGUGGAUAUACAUAUGAGCGUUCGCGCCUUUCCCCGGUGUCCGCACUCCCAAGAAGCUCUACCUUUGAUAUGCGGGAAACCGGCGCCGCGGGCUCACGGUAUACAUACUAACCCUUGCCUACCACAGCUAGCUGAGAACUGACCACCUUUAACUAGAUUGUACAGCGUCAGUGCCACUGGAGUGACAACAAAUUUACAAGAGACAAACAGAGUUUAUCCCAUUGCUGUCCUGACGUCCAAGUCAGCCCUUUUUUAGAAUGGCUAAUGUAUAUUAGCGAGCAGCAGUGACCACGAUCACAAAUAAUUCUUCCUAUUACUAUGGCCAACAAGUAGAUAUCGGUGUCAUCGGUGCUGUUGUGCUUUGAUCUAAUCCUAGGUUACGCUAAAGUGCAGUAAGCUCUCGGCUCCUUUAACAACCUUCAUUUUUCGCAUUUUACCUGUUGUGGUAUUUGUGCAAUUCUGAGACAUUUUUAGUUUUCUUUUUAAUCUUAAGUGAAGGUUAACCCCCACCCCGAUUCCCUUCAUCAUUACAGUAAGGAUUUCAUUUUCGCUCUUGAAGGGAGAUACAUGUUAGCAUAUUCUUGAUAUUGAAUUAGAGCAAGAUGCAUGUGUAAAGGUGAGUCUGUAUUAAUCAGUCUUUGAUUUCGGUAAGCAGUUUCUAAUGUUUUACUGUGUACAUUGUAGUCUACAUGUGUCAGUGGAUGUUCCAGCAUUAUUUGAAGCAAUGGCGGAUAAAAAGUAGCUGCAGAGGGCUUUCAUCGGCUACUUCUUGCAAAAACAGAUCAAAAUGGUAAAAAGAAAAAAAACAAACUAUUUUGGAUUAUAUAUUGUGAAAUACACUUGAGUUUUUUUAAAAAUCCGUUUGUGACUUUUUAAAAUUGAUUUCUAAUGUAAGACCAGGCUUAAAAAACCUCCAUAAUCAUAUAAUGUAAUAACUAACUGACUUUAGUUUCUGUCCUGCUUCCUCACUUUUUGUUCUGAUUAAAAGUUUAAAGCUGUUACCUGUGUUUGUGCUGAGUUUUCUGUCCUUUGGUCAAAUGGUAUAAAUCGAUUUAGUCAGGC